CCUGGGGCGUGAGUUUUACUCCAGCUAACUCCAAAACAGCUGAAGAUAGGGGGGGCUGGAAGAGACACCAGUGAUCCUCGCUCAAGGAGGGGCAUAAAAACACUUCAGGUGCUUUUCGAUCGGGUUUUAUAAGGAGAUCUCUGCUGGAUCUCCCUCACUGCGCUCCGCCCGGUGCUUGAGGACAGAAGAUGCCCAGGCAGUUCCUCUGCCCAGUGUUCGGCUCGUCGCUGUGGUUGGCGCUGAUACUCCAGUCCCUCAUUUCCUCCGCCGCUACCUACAGGAGACCAGUGUCCGGAGGGAAGAGACAGAGCUUUCUGGAGAGGACCUUGAUUUUACUGGACGUGAACACGCGAAGCCCGGUCAAAGUUUUGAAUGACAACUUCCUCUCGUUACAGUUGGAUCCAUCUGUCGUAAGGGAUGGCUGGCUGGACUUCUUAAGCUCCAAGCGGUUAGUCACUCUGGCACGGGGACUCUCUCCAGCUUAUUUGAGGUUUGGGGGCAAACGGACCGACUUUCUCCAGUUUCAUAACCUGAAGAAUCUUGCAAAGUUUAGAGGGCCCGGACCAGACUAUUACCUCAAAAACUAUGAAGACGACAUAGUGCGCAGCGACUUCGCUCUGGACAAACAAAAGGGUUGCAAACUGGCCAGCCACCCAGACAUGAUGCUGGAACUGCAGCGGGAGAAAGCGGCACAGAUGCAACAGGUCUUGUUGAAAGAACAACUCUCCAACAUCUACAGCGAUGUCACGUUAACAGCCAGGUCUUUAGACAAACUUUACAACUUUGCCGACUGCGCGGGACUGCACCUGAUCUUUGGGCUGAAUGCUUUGCACAGAAACCCUGACAACUCAUGGAACGCCUCCAGUGCUCUGAGUCUGCUCAAAUACAGCGCCGGCAAAAAAUACAACAUCUCCUGGGAGCUCGGCAAUGAGCCCAACAGUUACCGCACAAUGGCUGCCCGAUCGGUCAACAGCUCUCGUCUGGCUCAGGAUUACUCUCUUCUGAAGACGUUACUGCAGUCGGUGCGUUUCUACAGCCGAGCGAACCUCUACGGGCCCAACAUCGGCCGUCCUCGAAAAAAUGCAAUCCUGUUACUAGAUGGGUUUAUGAAAAACGGCGGCUCUGUGGUUGACGCAGUAACGUGGCAACAUUACUACAUUGACAGGCGGGUGACCAAAGUAGAAGACUUCAUGAAGACGAGACUUCUGGACACGCUGUCUGAGCAGAUUACCAAGGUUUUAAAGAUUGUUCAGACUCAUGCUCCAGAGAAGCGUGUGUGGCUCGGUGGAGUCGGUCCGGCUUGGGCAGGCGGCACCAAUAAUUUAUCUGACACAUUUGCAGCUGGUUUUCUGUGGCUGAACACCCUCGGUAUCGCAGCGGCUCAUGGGAUCGAUGUUGUACUCCGACAUUCUUUUUUCGAUCACGGAUACAACCACCUCGUCGACCAGAACUUCAACCCUUUACCUGAUUACUGGUUGUCUCUGCUCUUUAAACGUCUGGUGGGCCCGAGGGUGCUCGGGGUGCACGUCGAGGGUCUCCAGAGGAAACCACGGCCUGGACGGGUGAUCCGGGACAAACUCCGCAUCUAUGCGCACUGCACCAGCUUUCACAAUCACGAUUACGUCAAAGGGUCUAUAACCAUCUACAUCAUCAACUUGCAUCGUUCUCGGAAAAAAAUCAAGCUGGCCGGGACUUUAAGAAAUAAAACUGUUCACCAAUACCUUUUACAGCCCUUCGGCACAGAUGGACUUCACUCCACGUCCGUGCAGCUGAACGGAGAGCCUUUGCGGAUGGUGGACAACGAGACGUUCCCCGAGCUCAAGCCACGGACACUCAGGGCAGGAAGAACGAUAGCCAUGCCACCUGUAUCCAUCGGCUUCUACGUCAUCAAGAACAUCAAUGCCUACGCCUGCCGCAGAUAACACACACCGACCGACCGACCUCAGACCAUCCUCAUGGCCAUAAGCCCACAGAGACGUGGAAAAGACUCCUCGGUCCAAAGCAAGGGUUGCACUGAACGCUUCCAACAACAUUUCUCCUCUAUUUUGUAACCACGAGAAAAGCUCGACUCGUGGAAAGUGAAUGUAUUUCGGUUGCCCUCUCGCGCUUUUUUUCCGCGGCUUUCGGGUUGCAGGGGUGUAAUGAAGCCUGCUUCACGGAGAGAUCCGUAAAACGACGUCGAAGAACAGCGUAAGCUACGAACGGUUCGGACGCGCUGCGGCGAUCACGAAGCGGACCGAUCAGAAUCUGAAAAUCUGCGCGGUGGGUUUGAACAUGGCGGCACAGAUACGACAGCGCCGCCUUCUCACUGGUGGCUAGAAACGUUAUCGGAUUAGCCGAAAUAUUCGAACGAUGAAAAGGCGCAGGACGCAAGCGACAGCCGUUUUAAUUCUGUGGGUGCAGAUUCUGUGUGGGCCUGUCUGUCAGCUUAAUGUGAUUUAGCCGAGUAGGACGUCUUCCCGGAUCAACGUCCUCGUUGGUUCUUAAACAGCAUUCCAGCUUGACAGCCAAUCAGAUUUUAAGGGUUAGAUUUAAGGGGCUUGAAUGUUGUCUUUUCAACCAAUCAUUUUAGAGGUGGCUUACGCUUAGGGCCGCGGGUCUUAGAACUAUGAUUGCUUGCUGGAAAUGUUGUUUCAGGAGCACGGAAAGAGGUCAAUCCUGCUAAAUCACGUCGUACAAAUAACAGUUUGAUCUGAAUUACAUCUCUCCUGUGUACUUUUUUGGACUCUAAAGCCUCUCAAAAGGCACGGGGGCCAGAUCUUGAUCCGUAAUCUUACUUUUUCAUCGCGGGACGGUAAAUACGAACCUCCUAUUUAAAGCCGUCUUUAAAACUUUUAACACUGACCCAUGUCCUGAAAAACAGCUUGCGGUCUUGGAUUCUCUUUCUGAGGUUUUUUGGGGGGUUUUUUUCGGUUCAGUUGCUGCUUUACGAUUUCAAACUGUACGACGAUGAAGGUACUACGGGAAGAUAUAUAGAUAUUCGCUAAAGAGUCCUUACGUUUUAUUUGCUAAAUUAGAGAGAAUAAACACAACAUCUUCUUUUUGCAAUCUUGAGAAAUACAGCUUUAUAUUUAUAAUGUUUACAUGUUUGAUUUCCCGUUGUAGCUCAGACUCUUUUGAAGCUGAAAAGGAAAGAGUAGGGAGUUUUUGAAGGCAUCGUUUUGCUUUAUGAAGAACCGUGUAGCUCAGGAAAUUAGCUUGUCCGUGUCCAAAGCAUUUUUUUUUAUUUUCGCUAUAACAUUGUGAACCUGAGCUUAGUUAGCCAGAUUUCUUCUGCUAUAUUAACACUACCUUACUGGGUGUUGAUACUGGGGUCCUAGAAGGUGUUAGACAAUUAAGCGACACUUAAAAUAUUUGAAUAGACAAUAUUUCAAGUGGUAUUUAUAUUUUUCAGCGAUUCAUUACACAAAAAUAAAUAAUUAUUAAAUUAGUCAAAUUAUUUAAAAAGUAAUUGCAAAAAUGGCGAUUAUCGUACAUUCUAAAAAAAAUACCAUUUAGUUAUAUAUUUUCAUGAAGUGUUGUGCAUAUAGUUUUAGGGCCUCUAUAAAUCCCAUGUACAGCGAUUCAUUUUUGCUGCUAGCUGCCUUAUUAAAAUUAAGCAUGUUGAGAGACUAAUUUUUUUUGUACAGGUACAAACCUUUUUUUAUAAUAAUAAAUGUACAUACAGUUGUUUUUUUUGAUUUAAACCGUGUGCUUCCUUGCUCUAUAAAUAUUAUUUAUAUAAAUGUAUGUGUGUGUUUAUGGUUGUGUGUGUGAGUGUUUAUGUGUGUAUAAAAACAGUUGACUUUCGUCCACAUUGGCAGAUAACUAUAUUGUACUUUUUGUAAAUCAUACAGCAGAGAUUGAAGCUGCCCUUUGAAUUUCAAAUGUAUUGAGUUGCUCACAGUAUGCACACUUGUGUAUCGCGGUGUUUUACAUUGUAUAUGCUUUGGUCACUUACUCGCAAUGCAAAAAAAGUAAAGAAAUAAAGAAAAAAAAUGACAGAAUUCAUACGUGAAUUCUGUAAAAAGUCUCCCUCCCUCUCCUCGGGCUCGGUCAUGAUAGAGUUAGAUUUUCCAGGGUCAAUAAUUCUGUCAUCAUCGUGAUAUUUCCUUAGACUUGGAAGAUUCUGUUGUGAGUUUAAAGAUAUAUAGGGUCUUAAAUUUGUACAAUGACACUUUCACAAGCUAUUUUCCUCCUUGAAUGUGUUUAUUGCAAAUUUAGAGUUGUUAAUAUUUUUUCAGUUAAAGAGCAUUAUUUUAUUAUGGAAAUGGUUGUCUGAAUAUU